AUGAAAGUUGUUCACAGCCACGUUGUUAUCGGUGAACACGUUAUCAAACAAGGCGGCGCAAUGAACAGAGGUGACGCGUCUCUUCCUCCUGUUCCGCCGCGCACCGGUGAACAGUGCCUCCGCGUCUCGCCCGCGCUCAUGGAUGUGUGCGUGUUUGGCUGGCGCGAUCUCGCAGCGCUUCUUCUCCAAGCGGAAGAGCGAGAGCGACUCCGGGUGGAACGCGAGGAGCGACUUUCGAUGCUAGCAAUUUCGUGCUCUGCGGAGGGCUGGAGGUGUGCUGUGGUCGAAGAACGGGUGAGCGAAGAGGACGCACCGUUGGUCAGCUGCGUUCCGCAAACGCCUUCGGACCUGUCAGCGUCACCGCUGCCGCCGAAAAAGGCGGCGCAGGCUUGCACUUCCACAUCGACGCUGUCUGCUACCUCAGCUCUCACUCCCUAUCAGCGCUUCUGCUUUACGAGGUCUACCGUGGCGAAGUAUCGAUGCACCGCACAAAAACCGCAGCGGCUGCUGUCCCGCGCAACCAGUCCGGCGGCACCAGGCGCAGCUGCACUUCCGUCAAUGCGUUCUGUCUCCCAUUCGCAGCACAAUUACGUGCAUGCAAACAUCUGCGCUGCAGAAACACCCUCCCCUCGCGCCGGGCCGACAACACUCGCCGCCAUGUCGUCUCCACGACGUGAUUUGUGGAGCUGGUCGAGCUCCCGCGCACGCGACACACCCACCCCGCCGGCCGCGCCAACGCCGUCGCGCCGCUACGGCAGUGCAGCGCGGCGCGCCGUUUCGAUGGCGCUUAUUUUUGAUCGGCUGUCCUACGAAGGGAAAGCGCUCGUUGCCCGGCAAGCGGAGUUGCUGGGGUUGCUCCUUGCGGCGCCAAGUGCUUCCGUCUCCGGAUGGGAUGCACCGCACCGAGGGCAGCCGACAACUGCAACGGCUGCCGCGACGCCGCUUACAAAUGUGGAUGCGACGGCGCUGAACUGCGCAGGAGCCGCGACCCCGACCACCACCGAUUGCCACUCGGAGGAUUUGAGCGGCGCAGCAGGGCAGCGGUCUCCUGCGCCUGUUUCGGCUCUUUGA